AUUGCACGAUCCUUCCGCGAACGAUUUCUUGCUUAGGUUUGUGCAGAUGAUUUGCUGGGUUUGCUUUCUGAAAAUAACAGAUUCUGCCACGGGCAAUGAAGAUUUUGUGCUUGAUUCCAUGGUCUGUGACUCUAAUUUAAGGCUCAUACCAAACCAAAAGGAUGGAGAAGAGGAAAUUUACACAAUGGGAUGCCUUUACCAUUCUUUUGCUAUAAAUCCAAAUCGAAGAAUCCCUCUGGCGGUUGGUAAUCUCAUUCGUUUCGGAGGAGCGGGUUCUGAAGCAAGCAUCCAUCUCCAUUUGGAUCAUUGAUGUCCAAGCCGAGGGUUUUCUCACUUCUCAUUCGGAGGAAUGAAGGUGGCGCCUUUCUCACCAACUAUUCCACAUGUGGCCUGUUGAGCUAGGUAUGAGGAGUUAAAACUGUGUGCUACUCCCAUUAUAAAUUUUAUUUAUUUACCAGCUUUCAUAUGAAAAUCCAUGGUCAAAUUUACCAAGCAAAAAAUUAGGGAAAACCAAAGAGAACAUGAACACGAUGGAAAAAGCACUUGGUGGCAGGCUCCCUAAACAAGAUUAAAGUUUUGCUAGAAUUUCAGCAAAUGCUGUUUAGCCAAAUGAUAUAUUGGGACAGGGAGAGACCAAAGCUUCACAUUGUGAAGAUUGACAGAACUACCAAUCAAAAGGUUCUUCUUUAAUAUGCUUCAUGUUUCUAUGAAGAAAUAGCAAAGGGAGUUUUUUGGGAGAAAGAAGAUCGCAUAAACUCACUUUCUGAGCUGAUCAUGUUGGCAUUUCUUCUCAAAUUUGAUGAAUACGCCGUUGGCUUUUGAAGUGAAAGAAUUUGCAAGUUUUUGUGGAGGACAAGUUUCUUUCAGCAGCCUAGGCAUGAAAACAGGGAGAAAUAUGAAAGAAUGGAGAAGACAAAGGCUUGUAGCAUUUCAAAUCAUUAAUUAGACCUUGUUUCUUUUACCACUCUGGUAUCUCUAGCCGUCCAAUUCGAUUGCACAAACUGUAAGUAUUGGUUUUACCAUGCAAAGCAUUCCAGUCACUCAGACCAGCAGGGCACAAUUGCUUUCACUGAUGCCUAAUGGGGUGCCUCCACAAGGAUCAUUCAGGUACAAUUCCUAUACAUUGCUAAAGUUUGCUCUUACUUUUUCCUAUAAAAAAAAAAAAAAGAGCAUUAAUUCAACUUAAUACAGUCUGGUAGUGUAGCUCUACUUGUCAAUUUCUACUUUUGAAAAGAAGAUUUACUUUGACGUGAGCUUUAUAAAUGUAUAGACACAAUUCUGUACAACUUGGAACUCAACUUUUCUCGUUUCAUAAUGCCCCAUGUCCAGAUCUUUUGAUUUACUAUAAUGGAUAUAUCUGUUUUAAAAAUCAAUUACAUGUCAAGUAGUCUCUAGCAUUGUCCAUGAUAUCUAACAUUAAAAACUCAUCUAGGAGAGAAAACUUCUUUUAAAAUUGAAGAUAGAUUGUGAGAUUCAAGCUUCAGAAGAAGCUGAGGUUCGAAACAAGGUAAAUGAUCAGGUGGGCAGCAAAAUGCUUCAUCCUUGGGGGAGACAAAUAAAAUACAGUGGAAAUUGGCUUCAAGCAAUUGAACUUCAUCUUCUGUAGAUGAAGCGGCCUUAACAAAAGAAAGGAGCUCGAAGAAACAAUCCUAUCAGAUGGAUGCAGGCAAAUGGAGAAGACGCAUGCAUGUUUUCCUUCCCAAGUAUGCCUUGAUUAUUCUGUUCAUGAUGAAUCAACUGUCAUUACAAAAUAAGCAUCUGCGAAAACUUGCUCAUUACAAGCAUUCAUCUUGACAAGAAAACUGGAAUGAUCUAAGCUUCAUCAACUUUGCAUUCUUCAUCAGGGUUUGUCUUGCAGAAAUACUCCAAGGGAUAUCACCACUACCUGCAGCAGGCAUGCCAGGCCACUUGCUUGCUACAAGAUGUGCCAAAUCAACGAUCCUUUGGCUGCAAAUAUCCAUGAUAUUACUGUAACUGGCACCACCUUAACCAUGUCUUCUUCCAUUACCAUAGUGAAGAGUCGGUGGUAGAAGAAAUAUGGCUGCACCUGAAGUCCACUGAAACAAGAGGAACAUCACAGAUGGCCCCUCAGCUGCCUCUCUGAAGGCAGCAUUGACAUCCUUAGCUGUAAUCCCCUUCUUCUCAACAUUCACAACAAGGUCAACAACUGAAACAUUUGGUGUUGGUACAAGGAGUGCAAUACCAUUGAGCUUGCCCAGCACAAGAGAGACAGCCUUGGCUGCACCGGUACUUGUUGGGAAUAUGUUUAAUGCUGCCAGCCCUAGCUCUCCUCAAGUCGUAGUGUGAAGCGUCCAAGAGUCUUUGCAUGAUCACAAGUAGCAAUUUAGCCGCCUUUGUGCACAUAAAUCUCCAACUUAUGCAUUUGGAAUUCAAAAUUCUUUGAAUUAGCUUAAGCUCUACAUCCAAGUAAUAUUUCAGUGAGUGCAAGUACCUGGUCUCUAGCGUAUGAAUGGGUGCUUGCCAUUGUUCCCUUGACAAUUCCUACAUCAGUUUCAAACUUUCAAUAAAGUCUGAGAAAAUUC